AUGGCGGAAAUACAUGUGGCUAGCAGUCAGACGGGCAUUUUAAAGCCUGAUAGUACGAAUGACAAUAACGAUAUGAAAGGGUAUAAAUUUUGUAACAAAAGAAGAGUAGAACAUAAUUAUUUACUACAAACUGCUGAAGAAGAAUAUAACAAAAAUUUAAAAAAAAUAAAUUGGCAUGUCAAUAGUGGGGAUGUCAAUAAUUUGGGUGAAACAAAGUUACCUGAGUUGGUCAUAAAUUAUUAUUACGAAUGGGAUAAUAUUCCAACAGUUACUAAUUUACCGUAUGGUUUAAUUAACAAAGACAAAGAUAUGAUGUUAAAAAGAAUUAAGAGCAAUAUGAAGAGUGUAGAUUCAGUUGAAAAUAAUUUUUAUGUUAUUAAUAAAAAGGAAAAUACCAAUUUUAUGUAUUAUGAAAAGUCAACUAUUUUUUAUGAGCAACAACUUUCACAAAUUCUUUCAAAUUUCCCGUCAAAUGAGAAAGCAGUGUCAGCUGUAGCUUCUAACGAUAGAUAUAAUGAAACUGAUAGGAAUGGGAAUAAUAUUAGAAGCAUUAAUAACGAUAAAGAACUGGGAGAGAGUAUACAAAGUAUGGUAUCAUCUAUUAUAUAUGAAGAUAUAAUGGAAUACUUUUUGAAAAUUCAACAAAAGGGAACUAAACUGAGAAAUAGUAUUAUGAACACUGAAUGGAAUGUUACUAAUGAUAAGGGAGUUCUUAAUAAGGUAAACUUGUCACAUUCAAGGGGAACUCAGGAUAUGAUUCAUUUGGAUUUUGAAAAAAAAAUUGAUAGAGUGAACAAAGAACAGAAGGAGGACAGAGAUGCACGCGAAGAAAUAGGGGAAGGAACGAUCAAAGGCAAAGAAAAUGAGGAAAACAAGGUCAAAGGCAAAGAAAAUGAGGAAGACAAGGUCAAAGGCAAAGAUAAUGAGGAAGACAAGGUCAAAGGCAAAGAAAAUGAGGAAAACAAGGUCAAAGGCAAAGAAAAUGAGGAAGACAAGAUAGAAGUAAAUACAAACUACUGCAAGAACGAAAAGGGAAAAGAGCAGAGUAGUCACCUGUACGAUGUAGAAAUAAAUUGGGUUCAUGAUUUCAUCAACUUAACGAAUAUUCAAAUUUUAGCAAAAAACUCAAACACCUUCAAUAAAUGGGAAAAUUUAGAAAGUGUAUUACCUAAUAUAAUAAAUUAUUGUUGUAGUCCAAGAUCAUGUAUUUGUAAAAACAGUUUUUUGACUAUUAAACAUGUAUGUAUAAGUUUGAAAGAGGAUAAAAUUCAUUUAUGUAAAUUUUUUGUUCAUAUAUUUCCAUAUAUAGUAAAAAAGUUGGAUAUAAAAAAUAAUUUUUUAAAUAGAUGUGCUACUAAUGCUAUUGAGGAGUUUAUGUUACAUAGUAGUAGCAAUAAUGAUUAUGAAAUGUUAAGAUUAAUAUGUUCUUAUUCAAAUAGUAAGAAUUCAUCUAUAUCUAAAAAACUGUCUUAUUUUGUUUAUUUAUUUAUAAAGAAUAUUCCAAAAAAGGAUAUAAUUAAUUUUAACUUAAGCAAUUUUGCAGAGCCUUUUUUAAAUUUCAUUAAUGCUAAAUUAGAAGAAACCAAAAAAUUUAUAAAAAAGACACUUAUAUUAUUGUUGGAAUAUCAUGGGGAAGACCAAAUUGUUCUAAAGUUUUUAACAGGUAUUAAGAAUAAACAAAAUUUAGUUAUACUAGAAAAGCAGAUAAGAAACAUAUUGAAACCUCCUAAUACCUCCGAACCGCUCAAAAAAAAAUAUGAGACUUUUCACCACUUCAAAAGCACAAAAACGAUGGCCACUUUUAACAAAACAUCGUCCUUCAUUCGUUAG